UGUUUGGUUAUAAAACAGCAAUUUUUGUUCAACGGACAUGUCAUUUUAGUAACGAUUUAAAUUGAAACUAUUAAUGAACACGAAUUCACAGUAUUGAAGCGGAUUUAUUUUAAAUAAAUAACUAAAGAAAUUUGAAGCUUAAAAAAUUGGUUGUGAGAUAACAACAAUGCUGAAGCUAAUGCAGCUCCAAAACAUUGAUCGUAUAACGAAGCGAAAACAUGGUAUUGUUCUGCUACUUCUGCUUAUGUGUUUCUGCAUCGUUUACAAACAGAGUGCACGGACAAUCAUUAGAAAUCAGUGGAUGAACAUGUCUCUCAUACCGCUUAAUGACAGCAACGUGUUAUCCAACGUGUCUCUGACACCUCGUCAUGACUACAACGUAACCUCGGAAUCGCCAUCGGUGUUGAGAUCCGAAUUGAUGAUACUUUGGUACAACAAACCCGUUUGGAUCAACGACCAAAUGGCGUGCUGAGCCUUUCGCAGAGUUGUAUGUGACAGCAAGGAACGACAACUCUGCGUGGAGAUUGAUAGAUUAAAUCUACUCGAUGAAUGUAGUCGAUUAGACGUUGACGUCUCUCGAGUAAAUCAAGCACAGUCGGAGCGUCACAGACAAUCAUGAAGCUGAUUUUGCGGACCAAGUUAGAUCAGUUGCUUGUUAACAAGACUCGGGGAACGUGUCCUUACAACAACUGUUUCUCUACAACCAACAAGGCAUUGUUCAACCAAUCAGCAAGCGUGAUUUACCUCAUAAAUAGCGGUGGCAUGCCAAGAAUUCCGCCAGUUUCCGCUGUACACCGGAAUAAAGAUCAGACAUGGAGCUGCUUGUUAACAAGACUCUGGGAACGUGUCCUUACAACAACUGUUUCUCUACAACCAACAAGGCAUUGUUCAACCAAUCAGCAAGCGUGAUUUACCUUAUAAGUAGUGGUGGCAUGCCAAGAAUUCCGCCAAUUUCCGCUGUACACCGGAAAAAAGAUCAGGCAUGGAUAUUCUUCAAUCUCGAGCCCCAGACACUGUACGGAUACAACUUUGGACCAGAGUGGAACUACGUUAUGAACUGGUCCAUGAUGUAUCACAGAGACGCUGACAUCCCCUAUCCUUAUGGGACAAUAGAGCUCCGGAAUAAUAGCCAGUCGGUACUGGAUAAGAAGAACUACAGCGCGAUAUUUGACGGGAAAUCGGUAUUUGCGUCGUGGUUUGUAAGCCACUGUCAUGUACAAUCGCGGCGCGACGAAUAUGUUGAACAGAUGCAAAAAUAUGGAGUUGACAUUGACAUUUUUGGAUCAUGCUUUAAGAACCAUCGUUCACUUCCAAAAAACGACCCUCAAAAGAUCGAUAAAGUACUUUAUCAGUCCAAGUUUUAUUUGGCAUUUGAAAACUCUUUCUGCGAGGAUUAUGUUACCGAAAAGUUUUUCGAACGCUUUAAUUCAGAUACAAUUGUGGUUGUGCGUGGAGGAAUUAACUAUACAAAGUAUUUCCCACCAGGCACGUUUGUUAAUGCUGCUGACUUUGGAAACGCUAAGAAGUUAGCGGAGUUUCUAAUACGAUUUGGGAACGAUAAGGAUAAAUAUACCGCCAUGCUUCGCAGAAAGGACAUGUAUGUGUCGACGCAACCUCAACUUGAAUACUGUAAGUCUUAUUGCAAGCUGUGUGAAAUGUUAAACAAUGUGGACAAAUACCGUAAAACUUACAAAACUAUCCGGGAAUACGUUGACUCAAAACCUUGCACUGCACCAAAGGAUAUAGAAUAAUGUUAACGUUAUGAUGUUGUUACAUGAAGAGAGAGGUAUCGCAACAGCGACAGAGAGAGAACGGGAGGGAAAUAGAGGGGGAUGCACGCAUGUGAAUUAAAACUUUUAUCAUACGUGUUUAUAAAUAGUAAAGUGUAUAUUUGAUUAGAUGUAAUGCACUGAUAUCGCAUUGAUUGCUGUUUUCGAAUGGUAUCAUGUUUUAAUACAGGCUUUAUAUUUAGCAGUUGCUAUAUCAAGUUAGGGUUGUAUUCCAGUCGAUUAGUAAUUAUUGAAUUUAAUCUUUUGUUUUUAAAUAAAAGUAUGACUAUGUAGUCUUCAGCAAACUGUUUCACAGAACAAACUUUUUUACAUUGAUUAAUGUGUUCAUACUAUUGGUAAUUAUAGUUGAACGUUAACUUAUUGAUUUGUAAUGCUUAUAACUAGAAAUAACAUAUCUUUAAACAGUAUGUUUUGCAUUAUUACAUACAUCGGUACGCAUGCAUAGCUUAGAAAUGGUCCUGUGGAAUCCCAAAGACACCAAGUAUUGGUUAUCGGCCCAGGAAACGGACUCGAGAGCGUAUCUAUAAGCCUGAGGCUUUCGAUGCAAUCGAGCAUAAAUUAAUUGGUUUAAACGAUAAAUGGUAAUUGAUAUUUGAACAGUUAUAUUGUGAAGGAUGCAUCACCUUUUAUUUCAGUAAAUUCCUUAAUAAUUAAUUUCUUAAAUAAAACAAAUAGUAAUAUAUCAAUUGUUCCAAGAAACGUUAUGUAAAUCCAACAAUUAUGUUGCAUAUUAAGUUAUAUCAGGAUUGUAAUAAAUCAAAGCUAUUUGAACAUUUAUAUUGUAAAGGAUGCUUCACCUUUUAUUUCAGUAAAUUCCUUAAUAAUUAAUUUCUCAAAUAAAACAAAUAGUUAUAUAUCAAUUGUUC